AAGCAAUCGUCAGUUUUACUGCUUCUAAUAUCCACUACAAUGAACUUGAUCCUACUUCUCACCUGUCUACAUUGUGUGAACUCUGAGAUUAUCAAAAUUCAACUACAUCAUGUGUCUGGAAUAAAAUCAGUGCUGUAUCCUUUUCAAAAACACCUCCGAGCAUUACAACGAAGAUGGACAAAUUUGUGGAAUGGUGGAGAUACACCGACAGGAGAACAGCUGCAUAAUUAUUUAAAUUUUCAGUACUAUGGAGAAUUACUAGUUGGAACGCCACCACAAAAGUUUCGUGUACUCUUCGACACAGGGUCAACCGACGCCUGGCUCCCCUCAAGAAAAUGCUGGUUUCUAGAUAUCGCCUGUUGGUUCAUUCGAUUUUAUGACAGUACGAAAUCAUCAACAUAUCAGUCAAAUGGAACAAAGUUUGAGGUGAAGUACAUCGUUGGUAGUUACUCUGGAUUUUGGAGCUUGGAUACAAUGCAGAUAAACUCCUUAGUUAUUCGCAAUCAGGCGUUUGCUGAAGUAACAAAUGUAUUCUCUGACGAUUUCUUUGCUAAUGAAUUCGAUGGAUUAAUUGGUAUGUCAAGGAGAAAUGUUUCAAGAUAUGGGAACACUCCAUUCUUUCCAAAUAUACUUUCUCAAUUCAAAGAUAUGGAUCCUGUGUUUUCAUUCUAUCUGAGUCGGAAGAAUGGUCAUGCUGGUGGAGAGAUGGUGCUGGGUGGUGUUGAUCCAGAAUAUUUUACUGGAGAUUUCGAAAACUUGCCUGUCCUGUCUGAAAAUCGUUGGAUUGUUAACAUCAAAAGCUUGAAAGUGAAUGGAGUAGAGUACUGUGAUGCAGCAUGCUCUGGUGUUAUAGAUACUGGGACAUCCUUGAUAGUCGGAUCUAGUGCAUUGGUGGGUAAAAUUAAUUCACAACUCGGUGCCGUAUCUGCAACGGAUGGGGAGUAUGUAGUCGACUGCAGUAAUCUCAAUAACCUUCCUUCCAUUGAAUUUAGCCUUAAGGAGAGAAUAUAUGUGUAUCAAGCAAAAGAUUACGUGGUCAAAGAUUCGAACUGGUUAUCAACAGAAUGUCUAUCACCUUUCAGAAGCAGUCCUAAAUUGUCUGAGGGAUCCUGGAUUCUAGGCGAUGUAUUCAUGAGGAAGUUCUACACUGUAUUCGAUUUCGGUGAGCGAGAGAUACGAUUGGCUGAUGUUAACGAUGGAUAAAGCUUUUGGUACCUAAACCAGUAAAUCACUGAACGUGAACAUGUCUUAUAAAAUAAAUUACGAAGUUCUUGUUUAGCACAAUAUAAUUAUUCCUUCAAGAUCUUUCGGAAAACGGAUAAUCGCUGAGGGUGUAUACGUCCGUUUAAAAUGAUAUUAUCUGUGGCAUUUUAAUAACUAUAUUGGGAAACGCCUUUAAUAUAGUGAAUUUCAGUCUAGAGAAUUAUUUGAGGAUCCUGCCUUUUUAAAAUAAGCAAUCAAAAUGAGCAGUUUAAUGGUAGAGAUUUGAAACCGAGCAACCUGAGAUAGAAGUCACUGAAAAUAGUGCUCAACUCGAAUGUUACUUAUGUAGAAUAUUUAAACAGAACUUCUCAGUUAAA